AUGCCAGAGAUAUUAUCGGUACAUAAUAGUGGAAAUGCAGGGCAUGAGCUUUUAAAUACCUCUUCUGAAGGUUCUGUGUCUAGUCUACUGAAGGCGGUUAAUCAUAAGUCAAAGAGUAGGCUGAAUUUGGUCAGGUUCUUCAAAGGGCCGGGUAAUCACGUGAAUGAUAGUAACUUGAAUGUGAAUGACAAGCGGGAUGCACUUAAUACAUUGUUAUCUCCUAACGGAGAUUUACAUCAUAAUGCACUAUUUGCUAGGGAUAAUAUCUCUGAGAGUUCUAUUGUUUUAGACAUGACUCCACAACAAAAUCAGCAUCCAGUGAUAUAUUUGCAGAAGCAGAUAGAAUCCGGUGUAGAUGCAGCCCAAGGGCCAAGGAGAUCUAAUGGUAGUGAUUCGUCGCUGGUGAAGAAAUCUCAAAAGCUGAAACGGUUCCUAAAGAUAAGCAGUUCUUCAGAUGUUGUAAAUAUGGCACAGGGGAGGCACGAUACUGAUAGUAGAAGAGGCGUCUCACCACGGGCAGUUGUAACUGAUAGAAAUUCACACCAAUUGAUACUUUACUUAGCGCAGGAUGCUCAAGCAGUAAUCAAAAAAUAUGGCCUUCCGGGAAAAAUGUUAGGAGAAGGUGUAUCUGGAUCUGUGUCAGUCAUUGAGGGUGAUGGUGGGCUGUUCGCUGUAAAGCGGUUUAGACCAAGAUCCUCUCGCGAUUCCUUGGCUGAUUUAUCACGUAAGGUAACUUUUGAAUUCUGUACCGGUACGAUAUUGCAUCAUGAGAACGUCAUUGAAACACUAGGCUUGCUCCAGGAUGAUGAUAUGUUUCUGGUAGUAAUGGAGUAUUGUCCAUAUGACCUCUUUACAUUGGUCAUGAGCGAUUUAAUGUCCAAGGAAGAGAUAUGGUGCUAUUUCAAACAGCUCUGUAAUGGUGUUAAAUAUUUGCAUUCUCAGGGUCUGGUACAUCGUGACUUAAAGUUGGACAAUUGUGUUGUUACCACACAAGGUAUAUUGAAAUUAAUAGAUUUUGGAAGUGCUGUUAUUUACAAGGCGACUGAUGAGGACAUCAUCACGAUGGCGAAAGGAAUUGUAGGUAGUGAUCCUUAUCUUGCACCAGAAUUAUUAACUGAGAUAUACUAUGAUCCUAGACCAUUGGACGUGUGGUCCAUUGCAAUUAUGUACUACUGCAUGGUAGUAAAAAGAUUCCCCUGGAAGAAACCUAGAGAGGAUGUGUCAUCUUUUAAGUUAUUUUGUCAGGAACCGGAAGAUGAGUCGGAUUGCAGUAGGGGACCACAAAGAAUAAGCCGGGUUUUACCUCGGCAAUCUAGGGAGUUGAUCAGUAAGAUGUUAAUCAUUCAACCGGAAAAAAGGAUUUCUAUUGAUGCAGUGGUAAAAGACCCUUGGUUCAUUUCUAUUGAUUGUUGUACAAAUAAGCAUAAAGGGACUCAUGUCACAAAAGAGCAUACUCACAAUUUAGUAACUGAAGAUGCGGUGAAGGAAUUAAAUGAGAAAAGAGAACAGGAACAAGCUUUGAAGAAGGAGCAAAGGGAACCAAACUCUAGUCUAGGCAUAAAUGCGAACGAAUCAUAA